ACCACCAUGGUCUCUCUGCGCUUCCCAUUCUCGUUUUCUCAGCCCCCAAAGCUCCCCAACUCCAACUCCACCUCCACCUCCCGCCGCGUCUCCUCCGCCGCUUUCGUCGCCGCAUCCGCCGCCGCAUCUGCUGCCGUCGUAGCUGCUGUCUCCCUGGACCCAAAGCACACAUUUCUCCAAAAGGCGCUGAACUGCCUCGUCUUCUCCAACCGCGCGUUCUCGCCACUCUGGGGCUCACUCUCUCUGGCCGACAACUCGUCCUCGGCGGUGGUAGAGUCCAAGACCGGGGUCGAGUUUCCUUCCGUCAUCGGCGACUCUCGGGGGCUCCUCGGAAUUGGGUUGAGGAAAAAGAGCGUGUUGGGGUUGAAGAACAUCGAUGUCUACGCAUUUGGGGUUUAUGCUGAUGGUAAUGGUGUAAAAGAAUUUCUGAGUGAGAAAUAUGGAAAACUAUCAGACUCUGAGUUCAAGGAAAACAAGAAGUUCAAUGAAGAUCUCAUUGAAAAUGAUAUAUGUGUGACUGUUAGACUUCAAAUAGUGUAUGGCAGAUUGAGUAUCCGUUCUGUACGUAGUGCUUUUGAAGAGUCAGUAGGGAGCAGACUCCAAAAGUUUGGGGGAUCAGAUAAUAAAGAAUUGCUUCAAAGGUUCACUUCCCAGUUCAAAGAUGAAUAUAAAAUACCACGAGGGUCUGUAAUAGAUCUGUCCAGGGAACGGGGCCAUGUACUUUGCACAAGCAUUGAUGGAAAGGAGGUUGGGAGUAUCCAGAGUAAACUCCUGUGUCGAUCAAUUCUAGAUUUAUAUAUUGGUCAGGAUUCAUUUGAUAGACAAGCCAAAGAAGACAUUGAGCAAAAUUUGGCCUCUCUCCUCCAAAAGUAGACAGGGCAAUCGAAAUAAAGAAUUUUUCCUUGCCAUCAAAUUGUGUUUUGGAAGAACUGGUUUGUAAUCCUCAGGUGAUAUUACAUUUUGGGAAUGUGA